CUCGGCGGCCGAGGGGGGGCCGGGCGGCAGGAGGAGGCAGAGGGCUGCGGAGGAGGAGCCCCCCAGCAGAGAGCAGCGAGCGACUGACCGCGGCCUUCUGACCAGGACCGGAGCAGGGCCCCAAGCCCCCGGGCCUGGCGGGGGACGCGCUUCUCCCCACACCCUGUGCCCCAGCAACUCCAGCCAGCGGACCCAACGGCGGAGAGGAGAAGAUGGGGAGCCCUGAGGACGACCUGAUUGGGAUCCCAUUCCCAGACCACAGCAGCGAGCUCCUGAGCUGCCUCAAUGAGCAGCGCCAGCUGGGCCACCUGUGCGACCUCACCAUCCGGACGCAGGGCCUGGAGUACCGCACCCACCGGGCUGUGCUGGCCGCCUGCAGCCACUACUUCAAGAAACUCUUCACCGAGGGUGGCGGUGGGUCAGUCAUGGGGGCGGGGGGCAACAGCACAGCCCCUGGGGGAGCAGGGGCUGGCGUAUGCGAGUUGGACUUUGUGGGGCCCGAGGCGCUGGGAGCCCUGCUCGAGUUUGCCUACACGGCCACACUGACCACCAGCAGCGCCAACAUGCCAGCGGUGCUGCAGGCCGCCCGGCUGCUGGAGAUCCCAUGCGUCAUCGCCGCCUGCAUGGAGAUCCUGCAGGGCAGCGGGCUGGAAGCCCCCAGCCCCGACGAAGACGACUGUGAGCGAGCCCGCCAGUACCUGGAGGCCUUCGCCACAGCCACAGCCUCAGGAGUUCCCAACGGAGAAGAGAGCCCUCCACAGGCACCCCUCCCACCUCCGCCGCCGCCACCACCUCGACCUGUCGCUAGGCGAAGCCGCAAGCCCCGAAAAGUUUUCCUGCAGACCAAGGGGGCCCGGGCAAACCACUUAGUACCCGAGGCGCCCACAGCGCCCACCCAUCCCUCAACCUAUGAAGAGGAGGAGGUGGCGGCAGGCAGAGUAGGUAGCAGUGGGGGCAGUGGGCUGGGGGACAGCUACAGCCCUCCCCCUGGGACUGCCUCACCCUCUGAGGGGCCCCUGAGCUACGAACCCUAUGAGGGUGAGGAAGAGGAGGAAGAGCUGGUCUACCCUGGUGCCUAUGGGCUGGUGCAAGGCGGCGGGCCCCCACUGUCGCCAGAGGAGCUGGGCUCAGAUGAGGAUGCCAUCGAUCCCGACCUGAUGGCCUACCUGAGUUCCCUGCACCAGGACGCCUUGGCCCCAGGCCUGGAUGGCCAGGACAAGCUGGUGCGCAAACGCCGUUCCCAGAUGCCCCAGGAGUGUCCCGUCUGCCACAAGAUCAUCCACGGGGCUGGCAAACUGCCACGUCAUAUGAGGACCCACACGGGCGAGAAGCCUUUCGCCUGUGAGGUCUGUGGCGUCCGUUUUACCCGGAAUGACAAGCUGAAGAUCCACAUGCGGAAGCAUACAGGAGAGCGCCCCUACUCGUGCCCGCACUGCCCAGCCCGCUUCCUGCACAGCUAUGACCUCAAGAACCACAUGCACCUGCACACGGGGGACCGGCCCUAUGAGUGCCACCUGUGCCACAAGGCUUUCGCCAAGGAGGACCAUCUGCAGCGCCACCUCAAGGGCCAGAACUGCCUGGAGGUGCGCACUCGCCGGCGCCGCAAGGACGAUGCUCCACCCCACUACCCACCACCCUCGGCCACAGCCCCAUCCCCCGCUGGCCUCGACCUCUCCAAUGGCCACUUGGACACCUUCCGUCUGUCUCUGGCUCGAUUCUGGGAGCAGUCAGCUCCAGCGGGGCCUCCGGUCUCCACCCCGGGGCCCCCUGAUGACGAUGAGGAAGAGGGGGCACCCACUACGCCUCAGGCUGAAGGUGCCAUGGAGUCCUCUUAAAGAGGGACGGGCUGGAGCAGCAAGGCCAGAGACACCCAUGCCAAGCAGUGGGAGCUCACGGGACUGAGCUGGGUCAGGCCCACUGAGGCUUGAUGGCCCCCAGGCAGCCCCUGCCCGCCCACCCCCCCACGCCCCCCCCAGAGCCCUCAUUCCAGUUCCAAGCUGAGAAGGUUUUGGGGCAGCCGCUCCCCAGAUUGGGGUGAUCUCCCAAGGAGUGAUACAUAUGAUAUUAUGUAUAUAUUUACAGCUCUAUUUGUAAAGGUGGGGUCCUUGUCUUCAGCUGCUCCUGGGGAGUAGAAGCAAUAAUGUAUUUCUGAUUUGUAGGGUCCCUUUUCGGCUAUGCGGGUUUCAAGGGGCUGUGGGGGGGUUGGGACCAAAGCCUUGCCCCGCCCCCACGCCCCUUGGGGUUUUGGGGGGGUGGAGGACUGCCCCUCCCUUCCGAGACCCCUCCUUCCUGGUUUCUGUUCCCUUUUCCUGGCAGUGAAUUAUGCAAAGGCGGGGGGCGGCCUAGGGAGGGUAGGUGAGGGCAGGCAAGGUAAAGCUUGAAAGACUGGGGGACUGGGCCUGUAAGGAAGGAGCCAUCCCAGUCCCCCUCCGCCCCGCUCCCGGCGCUGAGUCAUGGGGUCCUGGAGAAGGGGCGGGGUGGCCUGAUUGGCUCGCCCGCCCCUGGGGGCAGCGAGAGGACCACGCCCAGCCAGGGGAGCAGCUCGGCUCUCUCCUCCCCUCCCAUCCCGAGUCCCCGGGCAGGGAAUGUCUUGUUCCCGCCGCUCCCUCCCCGGGGCCAGAGGGCAGGGCGGGCCGGCGUCCUGCCCUCUUCUCCUCCCCACCUCCUCCCCGCCCAGGUGCGAGCCGGAGCCGCGCCACCGCCGCUGCCCCUGACUCACGCCGCCCCCAGGCUGGCGCUGGCCUGGGUGUGGGACCGGGUGAGGGGUUGGGGGAGCCUUGCCGAGAGCGGGCCGGCCGGCGCCACCUGGCGGCCGUGCCCGUGUGGGGCGCGCCCCUGGCGGCCGCUGCCAGCGCGGCUCUUCACUCGCCCCAGCCGCCCCAGCUGGGGCGCCGCGUCCCCUUGCCAAGGCAGUGGGCAAAUAACUUCUUGCUUGGCCGCAGGGAAACUUGGAAAGGAAUCCCUUCCCCAGCCCCUUGCCAGCUGGGCUUCCUGUUGGGGCGGGGAGUGCAAUCCCCUCACUCUUCCUUAGGACUGAACCCCCCCCUCCCUUCUGUACAUAGCCUCCUCUGUCAGUCUUGUCGAAAUCUAGUUUCAGAUUUUUAACUACCCGACUCUGCUAGGGGUGGGGCUAUAUGCCCCUUCCCCUCCUCGCUGGGUGCUGGACCCCCUUGCGGCCUGGGCUCUGCCUUGCACUAUUUCCCUCCUGGCCUGGCGGCCCCUACCCCUCCUUAACAGGGGCAGGUUCAGGGGCCCGGUGCUCUCCCUCCCAUGCGCCCCAUGCCCAUUUGCACAGCUGCCCAGGUACCCCCAAUAGUGGGGGGGGGUCACAGGGAGGGGUAGCGGGACCAGUCCCUGUAUCUAUUUAAAAAAGUGAUGAUGUAAUAUAUUGGGGUAGGGGGGUGUCGAUUGCCCUGGGCCUCAUCUUAGCAUUUCAGGUGAUGGGGGAGCCCAAGGCUGGGGAGACCUGGGGCCUAGCUCCAGGGAGUGAGGACAGUGUGGCCUCCCCCAUCCCCCCUGCGGCUUCUCCACUCAGUGCCUUAGGGGGGGAGGCAAUCCCCCCUCUCCUCUUCCCCCUCCCCUGCCCCCCACCUCGGUGUAAGCGACAGGAAGAAAUAAUAAUAAUUUAAGAUUCACA